AUGAGUCUCAAUUGUCUUACCUGUGGCCAAGCCCUUCAAAGGGAAAAUUCUGAAAGAGAAAAUUUACCUGAAAUCAUCGAAGUUAAGACUUGUACGAGGAAAGUGAGAAUACAAAUUGAUAGAAGUUGGUCAGGGAAUUUAUCCCCACCACAAUGUGAAAGUAGUGGUGGUGCUGUGGAUAAGAUAAAAACAGAACAUCGUCGUACCCAAAGUGAAGGAAAUGUUGGACCAAGAUUGUUAAGGAGCAGUGGAAUGAGAAGAGAUUGGUGUUUGGAGGACUUGAUUGGACAACAAGAUAAAAUUGGGGUUAGAUGCUAUUGA